UUCUCUCUCUCUCUCUCUCGUUCUGACGUCCACUACGGGAUGCUCUUCUUGAUGGCUGCGUUUUCAUGGCGUCCGUCCUAGAUGAAUUCUAGGGGGAUUUAUCCCUUUCCUCACUCUUGCUAUCUCUUUUUGUUUUCCCUCUCUGCCUGUGUAUUUCUGCUCAAAGAUGUCGCAGAAACGGCAGCAGGAGGGUGAAGAGGGCUGCGGGGGCCGGUCGCCGGAGGAAAAGCGCCGGAGAGUGCCCUUGUCUAGCGUGAUAAGGGAAGUGAUGAGGAACAACAACAUCCAGAAGUUCAUAUCUGCGUUAGAACCUCUCUUUCGGCGCGUCGUUCAUGAAGAAAUAGAGAAAGCAUUAGGAAAUCAUUCAGCGAAUAAGCUCAGACCUUGUGCAAAACAGAUUCAUCCAUCUUCUUCAAGGAGUCUGCAACUACUGUUCACCAAUAGAUUGUCACUUCCAGUUUUCACUGGUAGCAGAAUUGAAGGAGAGGAUGGUCUGAGCUUAGGAGUGUCAUUGAUGGAUACCUUUACUGGACAACUGAUAUUUUCAGGUCCUGAAUCCUCAGUUAAGGUGGAAAUCGUUGUUCUUGAGGGAGAUUUUGAAGGCAAUGAGGAGAAUUGGACACAUGACCAAUUUAAAGCUAAUAUAGUACGGGAAAGAGAUGGAAGGAGACAACUUCUUGGGGGAUGUGUCUUUUUAGAUCUCAAUGGUGGCAUAGGCACAAGUGGGGACCUGGUGUUCACUGACAACUCUAGUUGGACAAGGAGCCGCAAGUUCAGGCUUGGGGCAAGAGUUGAUUCAGGACAUGUUGAUGGGGUGAGGAUCCAAGAGGCAAUGUCAGAAGCAUUUGUGGUUAAGGAUCACCGUGGUGAAUUAUACAAGAAGCAUUAUCCACCAUCUCUAGCUGAUGAAGUCUGGCGUCUUGAGAAGAUUGGUAAAGAUGGUGCUUUUCAUAAACGUCUUAACAAAGAGAACAUUCAUACAGUGAAGGAUUUUCUGACCCUUCUGUCUAUUGAUUCUCAGAGGCUGAGAAGUAUUUUAGGGAGUGGUAUGUCCACCAAAAUGUGGGACAUUGUAGUAGACCAUGCCAAGAGUUGCAAAAUCGGUGGACAAAUGUAUGUUUAUUAUUGCAAUCCUGACAGAGCAAUGGGAGUUCUCUUCAAUGUUGUGGGUGAAUUGCUAUCGGUUCUUCUUAAAGGACGAUUGGUUGCACUUGAUGAGCUCACAGACACCCUAAAGGCAGACGUGCAAAAACUGGUGAAAACUGCAUAUAAGAACUGGAGUGAGGUUUGCUCUUACGAUUUGGUAGCUGCAUCUGGUGAUUCUUUGCAGCUUUCUUCUGCGACCCUUUCUAGAUCUCCAGGGCCACAGCCUCCUUCCAGUGACUCAUCAACUCACUUUAGUGCAGCAGGGUUAUGUUCACCUCAUCCAUCUGCAUCAUUGACAGAUGUUUUCUCGUCGAUCUCAUCAAGCAGUGCCCUGGGUUUAGAUGAAUGUCUCAUCCCUGGGGUUAGUGAGAACUGUGGAGACAACAGCUUUGCUUCCCUUGAAUCCCAUGUCCUAUGUACUCCAUACAAUGAUCCUGCAUCACUGUACAGGCAGACAGAUUCACUUUUAUAUGAUGCAGAGAUCGAGGGCCAAAGUUUUUGUUCAGAUGAGCAUCUUCAGUAUUUUGAUUCUGAUGCUGGUUUGCAGUUGCAGACUCGUCAUAUUGAUGAACAAGAGGACAUCGGGGUUGCCGUCCGUGGUUUCCUCAUUGGACCAAAGCAUUGCAAGGCUGAAGCUAGAUGGAUGACCUUGAGAUAUGUGUUGAAUUGGAGCUUCUCCAUAAAGAGGAAAGUGGCUUCCAAACGGAGCAAGAUGAGACAGAAACAAAUUUUGGAGUAUGAUAGUGUACAGCAGUAGAUUUGCAAUUGCUAAUAGUGAUGCUCUUUAUUCAGUAGCAUCUAAUGGGGAAAUCAUGGAAAAUAAUUUGCAUAGCAUGUAGGAUGGUAGUAGUACAUAUUAUGAUGACAACCCCCCGUCAGUGUGGUGGUUUCUCUGUGUAAAUAGGAUAUCGUUUUCUUUUUUCCUGUUUAUUCCUUGUAUAGGUGGCAGCUUUGGGUUUUGCUUGUUUAAUAUUUGGAGGUUCUGUCCAGUUUCGAGACCUUUGUACCAAGCAAAAACGACUGCACAUUGAAGCAUCUCCUGAGAAAUGGAAGGCUGAAAAAGCGUGAGCCACUGUGACUACAAAAUCGAGUAAGAUGUUCAAUGAAUCCUUGGAUCUUUGCGCGGCCUUUUCUA